CCAAAGUAAAAUAUAGUCGAACGCGUCAAAACGAAUAGAAUUCUCGUCUACAAUUCAUAUCUUUUGUUUUUAUUUUUUAUUUUCCAAAUGGAAUCUAGACAGAGAAGACAAUUCUACAAACCUGAAAUAGUUGAUAUUGUAGAUUCUAUAAGGCAGAGGAAGAAAAUAUCAUCGGUAGGCGAUUUUUCAAUAAGAGCAUGGAUAUUGGUAGCGUUAACUUUACCAGUUGGACUCUUUACACUCUAUUGCUUCUUUCUAUUUUCAACUGUUGGACUUCCCUCGCCAUCUGACGUAGCCGAGAAUGUUUAUCAUUUUACAAAUGAUGUUCAUAGGAGUCUUUCGAGCAAUUGCCCGCUGUGGCUCUCCUCAAAAGAUUUACAAGAAAUUCGAAAUUCAAAAGAACUAUUAACAGUAUUAAGCGAAAAAAGUACCUUUGAAGCCGAUGAUUUAAUAAGAAAGGCUCAUCCGUUCGUAUGGAAGAAAUUAGCUACAGCUAAUUUAAAUAUUCCAAAUGAUAUUAAAAGUUGUGAAAGUGUACAAACUAUUCAUUCUCCUCUCAUAUUACAUUGGCAAAGAAAAUUAAAGGUUAAGCUAAGUGAGAUUAGCUUAAAAGAUGAUCCUUGUUUUAGUGGUGUUAUCAACUUGCGAAUUAUGGAUAAUAGUGAACUUGAGGAAGUUGUAUACAAUACUCUAUCCCCAAGACGUCUAUCCUACUUUAGAAAUAAAUUGGAUAUUAUAGAAUUAUUAUACUUAUAUAUGGCAAAGAAUAACUUAGGUAUUCCACCAAAAUUCCCAAAUGAAUGUGGAAUAUUUACCCUACAUCAAAUUUCUGGAAUAGCUAAUUAUACACUAUCAUGGCCAGUCGGUAACCACGGUUUAAUUGAAAUGAAUAAACCAAAACAUUUCCAAUUAGAAGUUGGUGAUAUGGUCAUUUUCUAUUCGGGAAUGAGAUUACAUAUGGAAUCUGUAUCUGAUUGUUCAAUGAGUGUUUUAGAAAGGAUGAAAGAUAAGAACUAUUGUCCAUACGGCAGCAGUUAAAAUUGCUUUAAAAAUAUAUCGCGAA